UCUUCGCGAAAGGGGUAUGUCAGACGCGGCUCCUCCAGAAGUUUUGCGCUUGACCGCGAUCACCUCGCCCGGACUCUCAAAUCUGCGCCAAACCCCCAUCAGUUUACGGUUCUUCUGGGUUAUGGAACUGGAUAAAAUGGACGAAAACGACUGGAAAUAUCACGGGGAGGGCAACAAGAGCCUGGUCGUGUCUCAUUUGCAGCACUGUCGAGUUCUUCGUCUGCUGAAGUUUCCCUCUGAAGACUCUGCACAUACACGGCAGACCGCAGAACAAGCUUUUCGACACAUCCUCAACAUGGUGGAUUAUAGUAAAUAUGUCAUGAAGCCUUUACUGGGGGAGAAAUACGUUCACAGUGGAGAGGUUGUUAAACUACCGCUGGACUUUGUGAGACAGCUGUCGCUGAAGGUCCAACAAGAACGACCUGAACUGCGCUGUGAUAAGGUCAUGGACACAUUCAGUGGGUGUGGUUUAUGCCUUCCCAACCUGACCCAACUCCCCCUCUACCACCUCAGAGACCACAGACCUCCAAUCUGCGUUGAGAUUAAGCCAAAAUGUGGAUUUCUACCAUUUUCAAGGCACAUAACCAAGGAAUGUAAGCGCAAAGUUUGCAGAUUCUGCAUGCAUCAGCAUUACAAGUUAGCCAAUGGGAAGUGGAAGCGAUUGAGCAGAUAUUGCCCUCUGAAUCUCUUCUCAGGGAGCAAACAGCGAAUGUAUGUUGCAUUGAAGAAUCUGUUAGAGGAACCACAAAACAACUUGAAAAUCUUUAAGGGCGGAGAGUUGAUAUUUAGCUGUAAAGACGAUGCCAAGCAGCAACCCGAAUUGAAUGAUCUCAUUCAGCACCUUCGGCCUUAUUUCCCUCACAGUAAUGGCAUCUAUAACGGCCAACAGCCAGGCAAAGCCGUCCUGAACGAGUUCAUUCAGGUUAUCUGCUCCGCUCUGCUCAGCGGCGGGGACUCGAAUCGCUCGGGAGAGCCCAGGAAGGUGCACCUGUCCGAGAGCAGGCCGCACUGUGAAGCCAGUCCCUUCCCAAGAGACCUGCUCCGCAAUGGUAACCACGGCCUCCCUAAAGACAGUGUCCUUGCAAAAGUCCUCCAAGUCCAGAUGCUGGAUAACCUGGAUAUUGAAGGAAUCUACCCUCUGUACAAACGCGUGGAGCAGUAUCUAGAAGAGUUCCCGAAAGAAAGAAACCGACUGCAGAUAGAUGGGCCUUAUAAUGAGAGUUUCAUGGACACGGUGAAAAACUGUCCUACUGAAGAUGACGGCUCUGUAGAAUAUGCAGUUGGGAAGGUUCAUCAGUAUAGAGUUGCAAUGACCGCCAAAGACUGCUCAAUCAUGAUCACGUUUGCUCCUUGUGAGGAAGACGAGGAACACCAGUUGAAUUUGGAGAAAACUCGUUUCACGUAUUCCAUCUCCAUCCUGGAUCUGGACCCCAAACCAUAUGAAGGCAUCCCUCACCAGUACAAGCUGGACACCAAAAUCGUCAACUACUACCUGCGGAGCAUGCAAGCUCCGCCUCCCUCCAGCCUAUAUAAGGAAAGGCAGGAGUGCACGCUGCUCUUCCAUGCUGUAUGAGACACCUCCACAAGUGCUGCUUGGGAAAUACCCAGAAGUGCAGUUGAAGUAGUGAAACAGUUUUGUUCUUUUUGUUUGCUAGUCUGUCUAGUUGUUUGCCCUCCCACCGUGAAGUUGGCAGGGACGGCGGCGUUCGCAGUUGUUGCCGGAGUGACCUGAUGUUUUUCUUUUCGAGGGUGAUGUUCUCAUUGGGGCUGGUCUCCUAAAGCACAGAAUACCUGAAUGAGUCAGUCAUUGGCUGUAAAAAGGGAGGACAAGGAGGCUGUGUGUGUUUUUGUGCAGUGCUGGGUUUUUCUCACACGCAGCAUCGCUACUGUGGUUUCCAAGUGCCAAAAGCGAUUUUUCCCUAUUUUACCGUGCAUCAGCUUGGCCGUGUCUGCAGUCGCUGUACAGGCAGUUUGGAAUUCAAAAACAGACAAGUACUUGAGUUUUUAGCGCGACUACAUCCCUAGAGCUCUUCAAACCACUGACCCUCGGCUAGCUACAGUAGCGGGAGUUAUACUGACAAGCACAGACCUGUUGCAUGCCAGCGAAUGAGGUCGCGCUAACACCGUCACUACCCGUAAGAUAGAUUUUAUAAAUUAGAGGAUAAGUCUAAUGACAUUACUCGCUAAUGAAAGUGUAUUUUUGUAACAUACGCUUGGCUAGCGUAACAGUUUACCGAAGUGUCUUGUUAACGAGUAGUUCAAUAAAAAAAAAUUGCCCAUUGUUUACUAACCCUCAUGUCAUCGCAAACCCGUCUGAUAGAAUCGUUAUGCAGCUCGUCAUUCUGGCCAGGUAUUUUGUCAGAAUUGUGAAGGAAUGCAACAUUUUAGAACAAUCACCGGUGAAUAACGACUUGGUUUUGAGUAAAAUUUGCACAAGUCAUAUGAACUACAUUUGUUGCUUUAGAGCUUGACGAUAUUUGGUCACAUACAAACUGUAUGGCAAAAGUUGCGUAACGAUUCUUGAAAAAUGUGGAAAAACAUCAGUAUACAGACAUGUUGGUGUGCAACUUUUGGUUGAACUAGCUAGUCCAUCAUCUCAAACAUCAAACAUUAGUUUUUCCCAGAAAAACUGCUGUAAAAUGCAAAAAUCAGCUGUCUGUCCAUCAACAAUUGCUUUGUCUCUGAGUUUGACACUAAUACGCUUAAUUGUUGUCUGUUUUGAUAUCGUAGAGCAGAAAACAACCAGAGGAAUCCAUCCCCAGCCACGUGAACGCUACUAUGGUUGCAUUUGGAUUGAGUUUUAAUGGCCAUAAUUGGUUGCAGAGCCAGACAUAUUUCAUAAGUCGACCAAAGAUGGACAGCACGCCAGUUUUCGUUAGCACAAUAAAAAAAGAUGAUCUAGCAGGUUUUUCCAACAGUGGAAAAGUUUUUUUUUUUUUUCCCAGAGAAGCAGUAUAGGCCACAGAAAUGGUAGUGUUGAUUUAACACGAGUUGCAAGUUUGGCGCCUUUGACCCAAAAAACAACCACAGUGAGACGGUUCGCACAGAUAUUAUGGUGCAACUUUAACACUAAAGAUGGCACCUCACGGUCGCCUUUCUCUGUCAUGGGGAAUAUUACUGUUACAAUAUACUGUGGCAUGAGAGAUGCUCAUGCUCCUGUUUACCUCCUUUAGCGUGAUGCAAACUGCAUCGGCUUGCCUUUCUCAAAGUCGUCUAUGCAGUUCUCAUCAGGCGAAUAGUGUUUUGAGUUUUACAUGGAUGAACAUUCAACAUUGCCAAACUGUUCACACUCCCCUUUGUCUUAAUGUGAACUGGUGUCAAGAGAAGUAUUAAUACGCCUUACCUGUGAGUGAAAACGCCUUCGUUGUCCAACCGAUGGCGUUUGUUGGAUGGUCAUGUUAUGAUGUAACUGAUUGAAAAGUGCAGUUUCAUUACUGUAUUUGCCUUUGUUUUAACAACAUCUUUCCCCUGUUGAACCAGACGAGCCAGACGAGAGAGAUAUUAUGAGUCUUAGGUGGUGACACUGUGUUAUUCUAAUGAAAUAAAGAUUUAUAAUCACUAUGUA